AUGAAAAGAAUGAGAACCGCUGCAGACUCUGAUAGUGCUACAUCAGAGAGUGAUGUUGAGAAUUCGUAUACUGACACUGACAACGAAGUGGAAACUGAUUCUGCGUCAGAAAGUGAUUCUGAUAAUGUAGAUGAUACUAGUAGUGAAGUAGGUGAUGAAUACGAAAGCGAUCCAUGGCUCCUUUAAAACCUUAAGCAGCCGAACAAAGUUUAUCGGAAUUCGAAGAACUAACGCAUCAGAAUUAGAAAAAAAGAGCUACCAGAAUUUCAAUGCAGAAGGUUUUGUCGAAAACGAAGCUAAAGACAAGUCAUACUUACUUAUCCUACCAAAACUUCGUAAAAAUUUGCAGAAUAAAUAUAUCUGGAACGUCUACUAUAGAUAAGACAGCUAAAGAGGGAUCCAGUACAUAAAAAGAUUAUGGAAACCAGGGAUGUCUUUGUCAACGAAUUAAUUAAUGUGGAGGUAUGUUAAUUAAUUAGCGCACCCUUACGCACCCUCAGCACCUUUACGCACCCUCAUUUGUAUGAAUAUUAAUUAGCGCACCCUCAGCACCCUUACGCACCCUCAAAAAAAGGGUCGAAAACCACCUACAUUACUACUCACGCCACAACUCGUCGCUUCGACGAUCGCACUGACCGCUCUAGUUCUGUCGCCGCAUUUAGCAGCUACGAGUUUUGUUGUCAUCACCGAUAUUCCCACCGAGAAUGGUAGCUCCUUCGCUGGUUCCUGCGGCGGCCUUUCUGAUGGUGUUGCCAGCUGUGCCUUCGUCCGUGUCUACAACGAUGUUUAAUGCUCAAAGUUUCCCUCCACAGUAAGCUCUGGGGUCAUCGGUUGCUCCUAGUGUCGCGCCGCUCUGUACCCUACCGAGUGUGCCUCAGUGGCCUCCAUUCGCUCAAGCGCUAGUCCAACAGUUGGCGACGAUUCCCGCAGGACAAGGAAACCAAACUUUUCCAGGUACGCCAUCUUUGUUUUUAGCCAGUACCCGGUCACCGGUACCGGGGUAUGCGCCCUCGUUUUUCUUCGUAGCCGGUCAGCUUGUGAUUCGCCCUACCAAAUGGCGUAAAAAGAUGACCGAUAUUCUCGUGACCCGUAGGUUAGGAGGUCCAGAUUUUCGGACGUUUCGUUCCUGUCUGAGACUGUUGAUACUCGUUGGUGGUGCCAAUUAAUUGACUUUGUGAUUCCGAGUUAUUUAACUUCAUGUUACUCAGUUAAUUAGCAUGUUCUAACGAUUAAUUACAUUAUUGUUCCAAGUUAAUUAGCAUUAUUGUGGCGAAUCAAUUAGCAUUAUUUUUGUUCUGAAUUCUUUACCGUUAUUUAGUGGCAGUAUUCUUUUUCAGGGCGUUUGCGUGCCUUUGUGUUGUAUUGUUUUUAUUUGUUUUGGUUUGGGUUUUUUUAGGGGUGUGGCUCCCUUGUGUGUCAUGUGAUAGUUUUCGCAUUGGGGCUGCGACGUCCACGGCUGCCGCUGGUAUUCCUGAUCACCUGAUUCAAUCAUUGGGUCGUUGGACGAGUCAGGCAUACCUCAGAUACAUCCGUACAGCAUCGGACAUGUUUCUAAGUAUUGCCCCGCUGCUGUAG